CCUUCGGUCAGCUUGGCUCAGGAACUCAAUCCAGCCAGGUCUUCCGAGAGCCGAAACCUGGGCUCCUCUCGCCCCUUUAGGCACCACCACCACCCCACACCUCUGCCUCCUCCCUGAGGCCUGGGGUGCCAGGCAGCUGGAGCUGCCAGGGAGGGGAAGCCGGGGAGGAAGAUCACAAAGCUGGAGGAGGUGUAGGUGGAGAGUAGGAAGGGCCUGGUCCACGCUCUGCCCGGGCUUGCUGCCAGGCCCUGGUUGAGCCCUUCGUAUCCCUGCCUCCCCAUCCCCACCUGUGUAGGGAGGAGGCCGGGCGGGGUGGUCCCUCCUGAUAGGAAUGGGCAAGAGCAAACUCCAGAACCCCCUACCUAGGGGUCCCCUCGCUGGAGCCUUUCUCCACCAGGGCUGGAGGUGGGUAAAUCUUUAACCAGCUGGCCCAGGGCAGGCCCGAGCCUUUCCGGAUGGAUGGCUGCCUGAGAAGGGGGAAAGGGGGUGGGGGAUGUAGGGUGUGCAGAGCCAGUCCCAGCGCGUGGAAAAGGGAGAGAGUGGGGGAGAGAAAGGAACGGGGCUCGGGCGGAGCCAACUCCGCGUGCACAGCAGGACAUGGAGAAGCGUGGCUCUCCCGACGGGGACCCCGCGCGGAGCCUGGAGCAGGGGCCAGAAGGGCUGGAGGGGCCAGAAACGCCCAUCCAGGUGGUGCUCAGGGUGCGCCCCAUGAGCGCCGCCGAGCUGCGUCGAGGGGAGCAGAGCGCGCUGCACUGCUCGGGGACCCGGACUCUGCAAGUGAGCCCCCCGGGCGGCGGCCCCGACGUGGCGUUCCGCUUCGGCGCGGUGCUGGACGGGGCGCGCUCGCAGGAGGACGUGUUCCGGGCGUGCGGGGUGCGGCGCCUGGGGGAGCUGGCGCUGCGGGGCUUCUCCUGCACCGUCUUCACCUUCGGCCAGACGGGCUCCGGGAAGACCUACACCCUGACCGGGCCUCCUCCGCAGGUGCGCCGAGCGCAGGGCGAGGGGGUGCCCGUGCCCCCCAACCUAGCUGGCAUCAUGCAGAGGACCUUCGCCUGGCUGUUGGACCGCGUGCAGCACCUGGGUGCACCUGUCACCCUCCGGGCCUCCUAUUUGGAGAUCUACAAUGAGCAGGUUCGAGACCUCCUGAGCCUGGGAUCUGCCCGGCCCCUGCCUGUCCGCUGGAACAAGACCCGGGGCUUCUAUGUGGAGCAGCUGCGGGUGGUGGAGUUUGGGAGUCUGGGGGCCCUGAUGGAACUUCUGCAAAUGGGUCUCAGCCGCCGUCGGAGCUCAGCUCACACCCUGAACCAGGCCUCCAGCCGAAGCCAUGCCCUGCUCACGCUCUACAUCAGCCGCCAAACUAUGCCUCCAGCGGACCCCGGGGAGCCCCCCGUUGGGGGGAAGCUGUGCUUUGUAGACCUGGCUGGCAGCGAGAAGGUGGCGGCCACAGGAUCCCGCGGGGAGCUGAUGCUCGAGGCGAACAGCAUCAACCGCAGCCUGCUGGCCCUGGGUCACUGCAUCUCCCUGCUGCUGGACCCACAGCGGAGGCAGAGCCACAUCCCCUUCCGGGACAGCAAGCUCACCAAGCUGCUCGCAGACUCGCUGGGGGGACGUGGGCUCACCCUCAUGGUGGCCUGCGUGUCCCCUUCAGCCCAGUGCCUUCCCGAGACUCUUAGCACCCUGCGAUAUGCGAGCCGAGCUCAGCGGGUCACCACUCGGCCACAGGCCCCCAAGUCACCUGUGGCAAAGCAACCCCCGCGUUUGGAGAUUGAGAUGCUGCAGCUCCAGGAGGAGAACCGUUGCCUGCGGGCCCAACUGGGGCAAAUAGACCCCAAGGCCUCAAGGCUCAGUGGGGCUCGGGUGGCCUGGGCCCAGCGGAAUCUCUAUGGGAUGCUACAGGAGUUCAUGCUGGAGAACGAGAGGCUCAGGAAGGAAAAGAGCCAGCUGCAGAGUAGCCAGGCCCGGGCCCGGGAUGAACAGCGCCUCCUGGCCCAGCAGGUCCACGAGCUGGAGCGGCGCCUCCUCUGUGCCUGCUACGGUCCCCAGCCACGCCCUGGCCCGGCCCCACCGUGUCCCUGUGUGAUGGUGCCAGCUGCCCCGUGCCCCGCCCUGCCACCCCUCUGCUGCUGCCCCUGCUGCCACCUCUGUCCCCUGUGCCGAGCACCCCUGGCCCACUGGGCCUGCCCACGUAGGGAUUUCCACCUGCCCCAGGUGAUGAGCCCUAAGGCCCCAGGUGACAUGCCCCUGUGUGCCCAGCCCCCGCCCUGGGCCCCCCCAGGCAACCCUGGCUCUGCCAAGUGUCCCAGAGAAAGGAGUCAUAGCGACUGGACUCAGACCCGAGUCCUGGCGGAGAUGCUGAUGGAGGAGGAGGUGGUACCCUCUGCACCCCCCCUGCCCAUGGGGACCCCGAACACACCACCAGUGCUGAGAGGUGAAGAAGAGAGAGAGGGAGGUGGGGCUGCAGUUCCAAACCUGGCCCGGAGACUGGAGGCCCUCAGAGACCAGAUUGGCAGCUCCCUGCGACGCGGCCGGGGCCAGCCACCCCCCAGCGAGGCUGCACGGAGCCCCAGCCGCGUCCUCCCGCCCUGCUGAGGGCACAGCAGGAAGCCAGGAGUGCACCGUGUGACCUUGGCUGGGCUCUGCGCUCCCGGGCUCGGUCUCCCCGUCCGCUCAGUGCAGCUGCUCUGGGCAGAGGGUAGUGCCCGGGGGCUGCGGGUAGGGGCUGGUGGGAGCAGAGGGGAGCAGAGGGAGGGUGGGGCCCCAGACUGUGGGAGAUGACACUGGAUUUGGGAGAAGCCAGGAACAGGUGAUGAAAUAGAUGAAUAAACAGAGGCGUCGGCUCUGA